GGCAAGGUGCCUCAGAAUGGAUGCCCAAGUCAUUAUGCAACUGCAGUAUAAAAGAGCCUCUGACGGUCAGUCACGUUCAGCCCGGCUGGAGAAGGAGAAGUGGAAUCGGACAGAGAGUUCCUCCUACUCAGGACAUGGAUUUUAUUGUGCCUCCCUCUGUGACAACUGGUGGUAUUCCAUGGGAGAAGGUUUUACCUCCUCGGCUGAACGGGUCUCAUGGCUAUUAUAACUGGUCGCCAUCAUUACUGAUCCCAGAGACUGAGAGUGCCAGCUCUGCAGAGGUCUACUGUGAUGAGAUCGGAUUUACAGUUCAAGUGGAUGUGAAGCAUUUCAACCCGGAGGACCUGCUGGUCAAAGUUGUGGGAGACUUUGUAGAAGUGCAAGGACAACACAAAGAGCUGAAGAAGGAGGGCCACGGCUUUACAACCCUGCAGUUUAACCGCCGCUACCGAAUCCCAAAGGGUGUGAACAUCAUGGCGCUGGAGUCAGCUGUCUCCCCUGAAGGCAUUCUCAUCAUAUCAGCCCCAAUGCUGCAGAUCGAAGGCACCAGAUGCCUGACUUAACACUGAGGCCUCUCUCAUCUUCACCAUAUAAGGAAAUAAAACAGCGGCCUUUAUAAACACUGAGACACAAAGUAGAUUUACUCCCAACAGCACACAGUGUACCGAAACACCAAUCUGUUUUGUUUUGCUCUUGGCACUGAUCUGAUAUUCCCCGCUCUUUGCGGUUUGUAUAUAAAGUUCUCCUCUAGUGUUUC